CUCUCCAUUAUUGGAAACCUGCUGGUCAUCAUCAUGGCAAUCAAAAAAUCAUCCAGGAUGAAACCGCCAGAGCUGCUGAGUGUGAAUCUGGCGGUAACAGAUCUGGGAGCAGCUGUCACCAUGUACCCUCUAGCUGUGGCGUCUGCCUGGAGCCACCGAUGGCUCGGGGGAGACACUACCUGUUUAUAUUAUGGCCUGGUCGGGUUCUUCUUUGGUGUUGCCAGCAUCAUGAACCUGACCAUCUUGGCCAUAGUGCGGUUUGUUGUGUCCCUCAACCUGACAUCUCCCAGAGAGAAAAUCAGCAUGAAGACGGUGAAGAUACUGUGCAUGUGGAUCUGGCUGUACGCUCUUAUCUGGGCCAUGUUCCCUAUUCUGGGCUGGGGACGGUACGGCCCGGAACCCUUCGGCCUGUCCUGCUCUCUCGCCUGGGGACAAAUGAAAACAGAGGGCUUCUCUUUUGUCAUCUCCAUGUUCACCUUGAACCUCGUCACCCCUUCUUUCAUCAUCUUCGGCUGCUACUUCGGCAUCACCAUCAACCUCUUUUACAUGGACAAAAAGUCAAUCAACAACAGCAAACGAAUCCCCAAUAUCGUCAAGCUUCAUCAGAGGCUGUUAGUAAUUGCUGUGCUGGUCAGCGUAGGCUUCAUAGGAUGCUGGGCACCCUAUGGCAUGGUGAGCAUGUGGUCUAUUUUCCGUGACAGCAGCACCAUUCCCCCUGAAGUCCGUCUCCUGCCGUGCAUGUUUGCAAAGAGCUCCACUGUGUACAAUCCUCUGAUCUAUUACCUGUUCAGCCAGCACUUCAAAAGAGAGGUGAGGAAGUUGCGCUGGCAUUGCCUGGGAUCCAACACAUGCCGCGUCUCCAACAGCAUCAAUGAAAACAACAUCUAUAUGGUUAGCAUGGACAUGAAGCACAACACAGAAGUCACAACAAAGUUGCAGUCAUCAUAGAGAACAAGCCAGUGACUCUCGUUUUAAGGACUUUUUUUUAUUGCUUGAGAGUAAAGAUUUUACUUUUUAACAAAGACUGUUGUGCUGUACACUAUCAGGAUAGAUAGUACCGUUAUCACAAAACAAGCAAGGUAUCAACAGCUUCCUUUGUGUGUGGCACUGUGAAUCAUAAGACGGCAUGUUUGCACAUAUGUUAAAUGCUGUGAAAGUUCUGCCAGCUAAGUUUAAGAUAAGGGUUAAAUCUGUUCUUCACUUUCCUGCUUACAGAUGAGUAACAGCAAGAUAUGAAUAAAGCGAAAACAACAAGUGGUAUAGCCACACAGGACUAACUUCAAUCAUGUAUUUAAAGACAUUCACCAAUGGUUGUACAGCAUAAUAUGUCGUAAACCUUAUUUUAAGCACAGAGAAAGAGGGGUUGUUUACUUUAAAAUGUAAGGUUCAGUCUGUGGUAGAUGCUUGUCUGUUGGAACACUCACUUACUGUUCAUGCUCAGUGUUUUUUUGUAAUCGUUCAAAGCUCAUGCUUGAUACAUCUGAAUUGUUUAUCAAAAACAUCAAUUCAUGUUCAGGUUCACUCUGGUUAGGGUAACAACACAUCCAGGGAUACGUUGUAGGAAAUUAGUUGGCUUGCUAGUUUCCCCAUUUACAAGCUUAGUGCUAAGUUAAGGUUAUAACCUCACUUAUGGAAAUGCUAGCUGCCAGCUAAGUUUAGAUGCUAGCUUGUAGCUAGGGGUAGCCUCAUAAUAAAUAGAUAUAAGAAUAGGAUAAAUCCUGCAGGACAAGAAAGCUAAUAGAGCUCUUUCCAGAAAUCUUUUUUUUUCUUUAUAGAUUAAUAACGUCAGUUAAGUUGAGGUAGACAGUUCCUUUAUUUGAAACAGCAGUUGACAAAACAGCCUGACAUCAAGCUCAAAUAACGUUCCAGUAACGUAAAUCGCACAGUCCUCAUUAGCAGUUAGUAAUUUACCACGGGCCUUGACAGUUUUAAGUCAACGCUGAAUUGAAGUCGUAUCAAAGCUCACAAUGAAAGUCUAACUGUCUACAGUUUAAAUACAACCGUACAAACUCUGCAAAUGAGGAGAAUAGUGUAGUCCUUUGGCACAGAAGAUACAACGUAACAGCAAGUUAACUGCAUUGUUGGACUUUAUUUUGGAUUUGUUAAUAAUAAAAAUAAAUAUAAUAUAUAUAUAUGACAAAAUAAAGCGCUGUCCUUCAUUUGCAACAGUGAACAAUUAGAGAUAUAAAAAUAGAAGCUCAUUUGUAAAUCCUCCACAUCAUAAUGAUAAUCAGUUAAUGUCACUUUACACACUUUAGCUUAACAGAGAAGUGUGAUUGUCCUGCUGUACUCAGGGAUUUAUUUUCAUGUAUUUGACUGAAAACCAGUUUUAUUUUAAAAACGUUCCUUUUCACAAAGCUUGAUCUGUGAUGUGCUGUUAUUUUUCAUUCCAGUUUGUUAUUACUGUAACAGUGUUGACUUUUUCUUCUAUUUGUGAAUGUAACGCUAUGAACCUUAAGCAUUUUUGU